AUAAGAAAAGUAAACUACAACGACUUGGAUCACAAUUAGACGAUUAAUAUAGCAUCGUAAUCUCGAUAGCAAAAGUCGCAAAGGAAAGGUUGAAUAAAAAAAUCUACGUUCUAGAAUUUUAUUAAAGUUUAAAUAGGAUCUUUAAACAAAUAUUCAUGAUGCAUUUUGCUCGAUUAAUGCGAAUUUUAACACAAAUAUUUUAUUGUUUAUAUUCGUUUGUUACUAGUAUUGCUAGUAUUAAAGCUAGUACUGCUUUCAUCCUAUUUUUAUCAGUCUUUCUGGUAUUACUACCAAUUAGUGCGAUACAUACUGAAUCCGAUACAAAAAGACAAAUUCAGAACACUGAAUCGGAAAAUGAUAUAAAAUAUUCCGUGCAACCUACAACAUUUAUAAAUAAUCCAAUCUGGGAAGAAAAUGAAGAUGUUACCAUAUUUUUAAUAAUUGCAACAAUAUUCUGUACGAUUCUUGUGACUGUGUUCUUGAUAUGGUGUCCAACUUGGUGCUUCUACAAUCUUAGAAUGUUUGAUAAUUUUGAUGAUGUUUUUGAUGAUUUGGAUGAUCUUCAGCAAAAUAAUAAUCAAAAUAACAGAUGGAUUCAUAUGAAUGGUCCAAUUCGAGGACAACGUGUAGCACGUGAACGUAUACUGAACGAAUAAUGUUAAUGAUAUCUCCAAUAUUUGCGUUAGAAAAAUAUGAAUUCGAAAAGAUCAUCGAUAUUUCACACAUGAUCCGCUAUGUGUUGAUAAGGUCUCUUAAGUCUAUUAUAAAACUGGAUUUCUAAUCAAGUCAUCUAAACUACGCAUAGCUGUCAUGCAUAAUUAAUUUUUAAUAAAUGUGUA